CUCCUACCUCCCUUUCCUCCCCUCUCAUACAUGCUGCGGGUAACAAAGAGGAGACAACAACAGGGGGAUGAUGGGUGCUCACACAACAACCCUGUCAGAGAAACAAUAAGAAACUGACCCGGUGUGUUUUUAUGAAUUGGAUCAUUUUUACAGCAUAUUUAAGUUUGACGUGCACUAACGUCGCUGCGCCCCGGACCGAUUUUAACCUAAAGCUUCUUGUCUUGGAAAAGCUAACUACACUUCGCUGGACUGCCAACACUAGAGCCGAAUGACUGAAGAGACACAUUCAGACAUGUCUGAGUAAUAUUGGUGAUGAUGCUCACGGUGACCUUUGCCCUCAAAGCCUGACCUCUGAUUGGUCAGGGCUUAUAAGCUGUAAGAGAAGACCACCUCCAACGACCAUGUCUGUCCAGGAAGCAUCCCAACGGCCCAUAUCUCCUUUACCCCUCAAAGCUGAGACCAAACAAAGACCGGAGAUCCCCCCGAAGCCGCCAACACAAGCCAGCUCCCCUCCACUGGGAGACAGAGGCGGCAGCACGAGCAUCUCUGGAGGGAAAGUCAAAAGGAUUGUGAGCAAGUUUAGCAAACAGGAGUCUGUGUCGCAUGAGCCCGAGGUGCAACCCACCAAUGGCACCUCAGAACUCAAAACAAAUAAGCGGUUCAAAAGGCCGCCUACCGUAAAACCCAAACCAGGCCGCAGCAGUCUGCAGCUUCAGAUCGGGGCAGAGCAGGCGCCUCCGCUGCCCGUGAAGAGGAGUCGCCUGCUGCAGAAACAGAGGGAGAGUGUGGGAGGAGAAGAGGGGGACGGCGUCCCUGUGGAAGGAGGUCGAUCAGCGCCUGACGGAAAGGAGGUGGAGGUUCAGCUGAUCGGAGGAGGUGAAGCAGAGGCGGAGCACGGUCCAGACACGCCUCUCAGUCCCUGCUGCGACCCGAGCUGCAGCUGCGUGUGCCACCACCAGCGGCCCGGCAUGAAACUGAUAUGGGUGCCUGUGGACGUGGAAGAUGGUGAGCAGGAGGGUGGAGGUGGAGAGGAGGAUGAGACUGACGUGGAAGAGCAGAGGGAGGAGAAUGGGGAGGAUUGGGAGGAGUAUGAGGAGGAGCCGGGAGAGGAGGAGGACAGCGAGGAAGAGGACGAGGUGGAGGGGUUUUCUGUGACCGUCGAGAGCGAGUUGUUGAAGCACAAGGCAAAGUUCAGCCAGUCUUUAGAUGUUUUGAUCGCUGAGGGUCACAGGCGGCGGUCGGACCCAGGGCCUCACUGUAUCCUCGCCUCUCUUGCUGUCACUCGUUCGCAGUCUCCCCCAGUUCCCCCAAAACGAUCUAAGUCACCCCCAACCCAACAACACCCACCCGCCCAAGAUGAAGAAGAAGACAAUAUUUACGAGGCCACACUCCCAGUGGUUGACCUCGCUCCUAAAAAGAAAGCCGAGUGUAAGGAACUGGAUAUUCCUCUAAUCAAGGUGCGCAAACCUGCCCGUCGCACUAAACUGUCCUACAGCAACUCAGACCCCACGUCAGAGUUUCAGAUGAGCAACGAGCCCAUCCCAAGCCCACAGGACGAGCCUCCCGCCAUCCCGCCCAGGAUGCCUCUGAUCCCAGAAAGCCGCAGCCUCACGCCGGUGCACAGAGGCGGCAUUCCUCUCCCCCAGCCCACCCUGGAGGAGUGGCGCAGCUUGCGACCGUCGUCGCCCGCCAGCACCACUGCCAGCGGGCUGAGCCCUCAAAGAGCCAUCACUCCACCGCUAAGCAGCCCCCUCGUGCCUUACAGACCCCCACCUCCACCCCCAAAGACAGAUCCCCGGAGGCUCAGCAGCGCCUCACUGCAGUCCCUCACACAGAAAAAAGAGGGAGAGGAGAAUGGAGGGAAUGAAGGAGAAAAGGAGGACAUAGUGGAAGAACUGAAUAGCACCCUCAUUAGGGGGCCUUUGUUCAGCUGGGAGUCCCGCCUGCAGGAUGAGCCUCUAUACCAGACGUACCGUGCCUCUGUCAUCACCAAGGAGAUCCGGCGCCAGACAGUUUGCCGAAACAUCAGUAAGACCAGUGUUGACUAUGCCAUGGACUUGACUUCCCGCCGCUCCGGGACUGGGACUGGGACUGGGACUGGUACUGGUACUGGUACUAUGACGGGGAAUGGACCACCCAGGGGCAGCCCUGUGCCCACACCAGGCCAGAGCACUCUGUGGCAGGACCUGCCAGAUGUACGGGCCAGUGGAGUGCUGGAGCAGCUCACCCCUGAACAGUGCAAGUACCAGGAGAGUAUGUUUGAGGUUUUGACAUCAGAGGCCUCUUACCUUCGAUCCCUGCGAGUCAUGACCGAACAUUUCCUGGACAGCCGGGAGCUGGAGGAUACGAUGAUCAUCAGGGACAAGAAGACCCUCUUCUCCAACAUCCUGAAGGUCGAAGAGGUCAGCGAGAGGUUCUUGAAGGACUUGGAGGACCGUAUAUUUGAGGAUCUGGUCUUCUCUGACAUCUGUGACAUUAUCCACUACCACGCCCAGCACAAGUUCCCCGUCUACAUCGACUACGUUCGCAACCAGAUCUACCAGGAGAAGACCUUCACUACACUCAUGAAGAACAACGCGCAGUUUGCUGCGGUCAUCAUUCGUCUGCAGGAGUCGCCUCAGUGCCAGCGGCUGCCCUUCAUGUCUUUCAUGCUGCUGCCCUUCCAGCGAAUCACACGCAUCAAGAUGCUCAUUGAGAACAUCCUGAAGAGAACAAAGGAAGGGACGAAGGAAGAGGAGACGGCCUCCAAAGCUUUGGCUUCUGUGUCGAAGAUCAUUGACGAGUGCAACACUCAGGUGGGAAAGAUGAGGCAGAUGGAGGAGCUGAUCCACGUCUCUCAAACACUGGAGUUUGACAAGCUCAAGGCCAUUCCGAUCAUCUCCCAGACUCGAUUCCUAGAGAAGAAAGGAGAGCUGCAGGAAAUGUCCAAAGGAGGAACGCUCUUCAACAUGAGGGCCAAGUUCAUUCCAGUCUACCUCUUCCUCUUCAACGAUCUGCUCAUCAUCGCUGCCAAGAAGGGUGCGGAGCGUUUUGUGGUUCUCGACCACGCCCAUCGCUCUCUGGUGCAGGUGCAGCCAGUGGAUGAAAGUGGGAGCAGCGGCGGCCCCUACGAGCACUGCUUCAACCUCACCCUGCUGGAAAACCACCAGGGUCGCAUAAUGGAGCGGCUCUUCAAAGCUCCCUCCCAGUCAGACAUGCACAGGUGGACUGCGGCUUUCCCAAACCCCACCAACCCAGACAGAGAGGAAGACGAAGUCAUUUAUGAAGACUGGGACUGUCCUCAGGUGCAGUGUGUGGAGCAGUACAUUGCCCAGCAGGCAGACGAGCUCACCCUGGAGCCCACUGAGAUCGUCAACGUCAUCCGCAAAACCAACGAGGGCUGGUAUGAGGGGAGCCGCCUGUCGGACGGUCAGAAGGGCUGGUUCCCCGUAGUAAACGUCAUUGAGAUCACCAACGAGCACGUGAGGAGGCGAAACCUGCGAGAGCGCUACAGGGUCAUGCAGGCUGCGAGCGCGGUUUGCAACAUCAGUGGCCGCAGCGCUCAUUAGGGACAAAGGAUGUUUACAUUUAAUCAUUUUUUAAAGGACGACAAACGGAAACGCUGUACAACGAUUAUUCAGGGACCUUUAUGAGUCGUGUCAUUUUCAAGCAACCAGGAAAUGAAAGACAAAAGGAGAAGCGUGAUAAAUCAUUAUUUAUACCACUGGAGUACAUGUGCGUGCACUAAAGCAGCUGGAAACUUCAAGUGAAUCAUUUAUUACUGAUGCUCAAAGAAACUAUGUGGUAUGUGCAUGUUUACGUUCAAUAACAGAGACCAGCAUAUUCCAGCAUUUCAGCUGUAGAGUUCUUGUGAGCAUGUAGCCCUGCAUUAACUUCUCUUCAUGCGCUGCUGGGAAACUGCCAAAGUGACAUGCUAAUCAUUCUAGCCAUAGCUCCACCAGAUUGCACAAAUGUCAAACCUGCUGCAGAGAAAAGAAAGAAAAGAGACAGGUGUUCCUUCCAGAAAAUGCCUUGAGUCAUGCAUACACAAGUUAAGUCCCUUCAUUCCUGCCACACACAACAACCUGACUGGUGUCACCCUAUGAUAUGAAAUGAACGAAUGAAGAACAUUUAAAAAGGAAUCUUAUCUCACCAGAAGACAAACCUAUGGAGAAUCUGGUCACGUACAUUUGAAUAAACUCAAAACACAGAACUACACACCAAGACUUCUCUCGUGACCAUGUCAAGCACAAGACCUUUGAAAAUGCAUGUAAACGGUGGCUGAGCUGUAGCUGUUCAUGACGUCUCAGUAGCUGUGCUGUUGGCUAGCUUGUUAGCUUGUGUCACUAGCCAUUGUGGAAUAACACUGUAGCUCCCCCUGCAGCUUGUUGUCAGUGAAGAGUUUGUAUUAUUUGUGCAUAAAGUGUAAAUGUACAAUAUGUUGUAAAUAAUGAGCGGGGGAUUCUCUCCUUCAAAACACUAGUAGUGCUUUUAAUAAAAAACUUUGUGUCUUUUUA